AGUACAUCCUGAUGGGCAGAAAAAAAAUACAAGUAGCUCGUAUCCUGGACCAGCGUAACAGACAGGUCACCUUCACCAAGAGGAAGUUUGGGUUGAUGAAGAAGGCAUACGAAUUGAGUGUCCUGUGUGACUGUGAGAUUGCACUCAUCAUUUUCAAUGGGUCCAAUCGAUUAUUCCAGUAUGCUAGCACUGACAUGGACCAUGUGCUCCUAAAAUACACUGAGUACACCGAGCCUCAUGAGAGCCGGACUAACUCAGACAUCCUGGAGACUUUGAAACGGAGGAGUCUGGGAUUGGAGACUGAGGAUGGAUUGGAACAGGCCCAGAGGAUCCCAGGGGAAACUGUCAACGUGUCCACUCCUCGUCACACCAUGCCUCCUAAGCCUUUGCAGAUGAGCCACGGUACUCUGAGUGCAGCUUCCUCUCCCCACAAGAAGUAUGGGGACCACAAUUCACCUCAAAACAUAAUCCGACCAUUGAAUUUCAAACCUACAGCUUUGAAAAAUUCCUCCACGGAGAGUCUGAUACAACAAGGGUCCUUGCCACCUUACAGCAACCAGAGUCAUGGAGGCCAGAGCAAGACUGUAACCUCCUUAUACCAGGGUGGUGAUACUCAGAAGACAGAUCUGGCCAAUGCCAAGCAAAGAAUUCUGGCAUACUCUGGUGUGCAGUCUCGAGGUUUGGCAAGUUAUCCGUACUUCUCUGUGAAUCACACAGAUUACCACAUCUCUGACUCUUCUGAUCAUCCAACCUUGAGUUCUCCACCUAGGCUGCCAGGACACACAUUUACCCCAUGGACUCAUCCCUACUCCCCACAGAGACACACUCCACUCAGGGUUUCUAGCAGGUUUCAUCAAGAUAUGGCAACCAAGACUCCCCCAGACAUUCCAUCUCAUCCACAAGGCAUCAACAUUAAAACAGAACCGCUUACUUCACCAAUGGAAUGUUCAGUCUCUCGGCACACCCCAUCGCCCCAGCACAGGAAUACCACGGAACUCCACCACCCUUACUCCAUUAUACGGCCAUGGCCUUUGGUGGAUGAGAGAUCAGGCCAUUCCAAUAGGCAUCUGCAGUUGCCAGUAGUUUGGAACCACUAAAGUGAUGGGAGUUUGGAGUAUACCAGUAAUAACUGCAUCGAGGAUGUCUUUCCACAUACAAAGACAUAGGGGAAUUAAGGUUUAAACAUUUUUGACCUUAACAGCAUGGCGGCUCUCUGCUGUCACGUUUUAAAUAUUAGUUUAGUGGCAUACAGAUCUUUUACCUGGCUAAAAGCCUUCAGAAGCUGCUGACCACCUGCAGACCCCUUUUGCACUUUAUGGUACCCUUGGGUAGAUAAACAGAACUUAUUUGCA